AUGUCCAUGUUGGCGGAUGCUCCUAGGAGAUAUCCUGUGAAGACCGGGAAGCUGUGGCGGAUAGGUCUGUUCAGUCGCAGAGGUACUUGUGCUGUUCCCAGUUCUGAUUCGAUCCUCAACGUAGGAGUACCGACUGCCAAAUACAAAGAUAUCGGGGAGUUUAUGGAUUUGGAAACGAGUAAUUGUGUGAAUUACUCUGGUCAGGGCCAGGAAUUAAGACGAAAGGACAAGAAAAUUCCGCUUGAUCAACAGUCGGCGGGCGAUGAAAUCCAGAUCCACGGCCGCCUCUUCACAGAGUCACUCAGUAAAAUGUCCCUGGAAUUCAAUGAUGAACUCCUCAUUCUCAUUGCGAUGUCUGCCCAUCCCUCUGUCACUUUCUCCACACACUCACCUGGCUAUGCAACUGCAAAAUGA